UUUGUCUGAUUGGUUAGCAGGAAAGACGCGCGUUAUGGCGCCUUGAAGUAAACACAGUUGAGCGCCUACCACUCCAGAUAGCAAUAAAGACUAAAGUACUUGUUGGGUACUACUUUAAUAUAACCUGUUGCAAUCUUAGCCGAAUUGCGAUAUACUAGUGUAGUCGCUUUUAGAAACUUUUUGGAUCUAGCCAACUAGCUUGGUGUCCUACUUAGUGCUUUGUUUAUCAGCUAACUUGCCACUGGUGUGCCUGGUUGUGUAUUCCAGCUAGUGCUAGAUAGUUUGGUUACGUUGGAGUAGUUGUCCGUUAUGAUGUCUGUCAUAUCUUUCUGAUACAGUUCCGCUACAUUCCACGACGAUUCAUUUUGUAGUAGUCAGUGUCGGGUUUGACACCCCUGGAGAUGGACUGCGUUGUGACUGGGGGCAACGUGAAAGUUCUGGCCAAGGCCAUCCAUUCUCUGUCCAGGAUAGGUGAUGAACUUUACCUGGAGCCUCAGGAAGACGGCCUGGCCCUACGGUCAGUAAACUCCUCGCGAUCUGCGUACGCCUGCUUCCUCUUUGCCCCACUCUUCUUUAGCAGGUACACCAUCCCAUGUGGCCAUGCUUUCCGCUGCAAGAUGGCCAUUAAGUGUGUCCAGGCCGUGUUCCGGUCCCUGUCCUCUCUGGAGAAGACGGUGGAGAAAUGUCACAUGGAGCUGGACGGAGAGAAGAGCCGCCUCACCUUCACCCUGCACUGCAAGCACGGCCUGCUGAAGACGCACAACCUGUCCUUUCAGGACAGCGAGAGUCUGCAGGCGGUGUUCGACAAAGGAAGCGCCGUCAACGUGCUCCGCGCCCAACCCCGGUUGCUGGUGGACACCGUACUGCACUUCCCUCCCUCUCUGGAAGAGGUGAGCGUGACGAUGAGCGGCGACCGGGUGUGGUUCAGGAACCACGUGGAUGAGGAGGCGGAGCAGUCCAAGGCCAUGCUGACCGAGCUGUGUUUGAGUUCGGACGAGUUUGACCACUUUGCUGUUGGAUGUCAGACCUGUGUCACAUUCUGCCUUAAAGAGCUGAGGGGCUUGCUGAUGUUUGCAGAGUCGGCUAGUCUCCCUGUCUCAGUGCACUUUGAUGAACCAGGAAAGCCCGUGGUAUUGUCUUUAACAGACAGUGUCCUGGAAGUUAACUUUGUGCUCGCCACACUGUCGGACGACUCUCAACCCAGUAACCAUAACAACAACAACACAAAAAGAGCUCCCUCGCCGCCCCCUCCUGACGACUUCAUGAACGACGACAUAGACUCUUACCUCAUCGCCAUGGAGACCAGUGAGGUAGCGGGUCCUUCUGCCGCGCGUUGCCCCUCCCCCGACAUCCCUGUCAAAACCCCUAUACCUACACCAGCCGAUAACAGAGGAAGACUGGACAGUGAGGAGGAAGAGCAGGAGGAAGAUGCUGACCAGAUAGAGAGACCACCCAAUAAAAAGUUCCGUUCCCUAUUUUUCGGAUCCGUGUUCCCCACUUCCUCCCAGUUGACCAAUCAGACGAUCAAGAGCCAGGAAGUGCUAGCCAGUGACAGCGAGGACGAUGCUCAAGAGGCAUCGCCGUGACGGACAUGGGAAGCAGACGGGAUGUUAGGACUGAGUGUGUGUGUGUGUGAGAUGGAUGCCAAAUGAACAUUGCAAAUGGACUGCACUGACACUGGACUGCACAGUAUGGAUAUUGUCUCUUAAAAUACAUUUCUAGGAUCUGAACAUCUGGGAUACAGCUUUCUCUUCUUAAUAUGGUAUUUGCAGCGUUGCUACGGGAACCGCACUGACAUGUUUUCCUGGGAGUCAGGAAACGAAAACAAACAGCUUUUUUAUUUUUAUUUGAUUGGACCGUCAUAACGAGGAUGUCAGAAUUAUGAGGAAAUGAACAAUAAGCACUUCCUGUUUAUUUUGGCAUGUGUAGAGAUCAAUGAAUGUACACAAGCCCAAGAAUA